ACAGUCGCCAGCGAUGGAAAAUGUCCAUUUAAGAUGCUGUGUGCACACUUUUAGCGUCCUAUAUAAUGUAUGCUAAAUGCUAAGAUGUGCAACCAAUGUUUUGCUAGUACUUCAAGUCCUUAUACCCUCCCAGUGUCUUCUGUCCCCUCCUCCUACUCCUCCUCCUCCUGCCUCUUCUCCCUCCUCCAUUGAAAACAAACGUAGCAUUCAUCCAGUUCAGACUGCAGACUCCCCUUGCCCCAGGAACUUCCACUUUACUUUGGAGCAGCAGGCGAGCAGCCCGCUCCCGUCAGGCCGACAAUGUGGAGAGUGUACGGGCUGGUUUGCGCGUGGUGUCUCGCCCUCCUCACCCAAGUCUGUAGCUCGCAGUCCCAGAGAAGACCCUCUUUUACAUGUGGGGGAAACAUCACUGGGCAAUCUGGAAUAAUCGGGAGUCAGGGGUACCCAGGAGUUUACCCCCCAAAUACUAAGUGUGUGUGGAGGAUCACAGUCCCAGAGGGCAAAGUGGUGGUGCUAUCGUUCCGCUUCCUUGACUUGGAGAACGACAGCCUGUGUCGCUACGACUACGUGGAUGUGUCCAGCGGUCAUGUCAACGGCCAGCGACUCGGUCGCUUCUGUGGCACGUUCAAACCGGGGGCGCUGGUCUCCACAAGCAACAAGAUGACGCUGCAAAUGGUGUCGGACGCCAACACGGCCGGCAGCGGUUUCCUAUCCGUUUUUUCUGCUGCGCAGCCACACGAGAGAGGGGAUCAGUACUGUGGGGGCAGACUGGACAAACCAUCCGGAACAUUCAAAACUCCCAACUGGCCUGACAGGGACUACCCAGCCGGCGUCACCUGCUCCUGGCACAUAGUGGCACCAAAAAACCAGAUCAUUGAAGUCAAGUUUGAGAAGUUUGACGUGGAGCGAGAUAACUAUUGCCGCUACGACCACGUCUCAAUUUUCAACGGCGGCGAGAUCAACGACGCCAGGAGGAUCGGGAAGUACUGCGGAGACAGUCCUCCGGCGCCUGUGUUUUCGGAGGGGAACCAGCUCCUCGUCCAGUUCCUGUCGGACCUCAGCCUGACCGCGGACGGUUUCAUCGGGCACUACAAAUUCCGCCCCAAGAAGUUCUCCGUCACCACGACGCUGCCGCCGACCACCACGCAGCCACUCACAACCAGGCCCAUACCCCUCAAGUACUCCGUGGCCCUCUGCCGUCAAAAGUGCAAACGACGAGGCACACUCGAGAGCAACUUCUGCUCCAGCAACUUUGUGCUCACCGGCACGGUCAUCUCGGCGGUGACGCGCGGCGGGAGCGUACACGCCACCGUGUCCAUCAUUAAAGUGUACAAAGAAGGCAACCUGGCCAUCCAGCAGGCAGGGAAGACCAUGAGCACCAAGAUGGUCAUCCUGUGUAAGAAGUGCCCAUUUGUCAGGAGAGGCCUGAACUACAUCUUCAUGGGUCACGUGGAUGAGGAGGGCCUAGGCAAGGUGGGCCCGCACCACUUCGUGCUGGCCUUCAAGAGCAAGAACCAAAAGGCGCUCAGCAUCCUGAAGAACAAGCGCUGCUGAGGAGCGCCGGCAGCGUCUGACGACGGCUACACAAACGGGCAAAACGUUGCUUCCAUUUCCCUUCAUUUAUCAUGCACCAUACGCGGAGCUAAUCUAGAAUCCCAAAAUAAAUCAGCGAAUAAAUGUCUACUUAUUAAAAUGAGAGUAAUAUAUAUAUAAAAAUGCUAAAAUAUUUAAUGAUAAAGUAACAGUAAAAAAUAUUGAAUUCAAUAGAGUUAAUUUAAGAAUGUUUUUGUUUUUUAAUCGCUGCGGUUAACCCUUUCAUGCACCCUGUAACCUGAUAAGAUGUCCAUUGCAGUACCCGCUGUCCCCGAAAGGAUUAAAAUGAGUACUGAA